AUGGCUGAUCUCGAUUACCCAGACAUAAACCCAGAAAAUGAGUUAGAAAAGCGCAUUGCAGAUGCUUUUCUUAUUUUCGAUCAUCACGGCAAUAAAACAGUGGAUGUGCGGGAAAUUGGCACUAUUCUUAGAUUUCUUGGUUGUGUUCCAACGGAAGCUGAUGUCAAUGAAGUAAUUUCGGCCACCGAAUUUGAAGAUUCUAAUGGCACGGUUCAUCUAUCCAAAUUUCUACCGUAUGUCAGCCAGUUGAUCGCAGAACACAAAUUAGAACCAGCUCCCCCAGAAAAACUAUUAAAAGCGUUCCGCGUUUUGGAUCAGGAAGGAAAAGGUUUUGUUGAUCGCGAUUAUAUGACAAAAUUAAUUACGGAAGAGGGAGAACCAUUCUCUGCAGAGGAACUAGAAGAAAUGAUGGCCGUUGCUGUCGAUAUGACUACCGACAAAAUUGCAUACGAAAACUAUUUAAAUCAACUUUUGUACGAGCCUCAAGACUCAAUUUAUGCGUUAGCUGAUAGCCUUCGAAAUCAAAUUAAACGAAAGACUAUUUUUAAAUUCUACAGAAGAUAA